AUGUCGAUACCAGCAAGACUCUUGGCAACAAAACUACGUCGUCGCGUUCCACCAUUUCCACCAUCACUCUUCCAUUUAUACACUCAUUUAUCCUCCUCUCCUUCAAAUUCCUUAUUCUCCAGCUCAUCGCAUAAUCACCGUCAUGGUUAUCAAAAUCUCUACUUUCGAAACCCCCAUUUGUUGUUCUCUCGCUCCUUCUCUGCGCAGCCCGAUAUCUCCGAUUCAGGGGAGCCUAUUCUUCCGGUUCGUGCCCUGAUUUCAGUGCUAGACGGUUAUCACGAUUUCACUGGCUUCCCUUGGUGGAUAGUAAUUUCGUCAUCCACAAUGAUAAUGAGACUCUCGUUGUUUCCCAUAGUUGUAUUGCAACUUAAAAAGUUGAAGAGGAUUGGAGAGCUGUUGCCUAAAUUGCCACCCCCAUUGCCACCACCCCUCUCAGGACAACGUUUCAGAGACCAAAUAACGCUUUUUUGGAAGGAAAAACAGGCCGCUAGGUGUCCUUCAUUUUUUUGGUUUUUCUCAUCAGUUGCUGUACAGGUCCCUUGCUUUUUCUUGUGGAUCAUGAGCGUUCGAAGAAUGUCUCUGGAGCAUCACUCUGGUUUUGAUUGUGGAGGAACUUUAUGGUUCCAGAACUUGACUGAAUAUCCACAUGGUGGUUUGGGGCCAAUCUUCCCUUUAAUGAUUGCCGGUUUACAUUUCGCUAAUGUUCAGAUUUCUUUUCAAAAAUCAUCACUCCAAAGGUUGCCUGGCAUCGUGGGAACACUAGCGAAGUAUUACAAGAUUUAUUUGCAACUGCUGACAAUGCCUAUUAUGUUCAUUACUUUCAAUGUUCCCCAGGGAAGUUUGGUUUACUGGCUUACAAAUAGUUCUCUAACUCUGAUACAGCAAUUAUGUCUCGGUCAUCCCAACAUUCGUGAGAAGUUAGGGCUACCUGAAAUAAAAGCUUCUGCAGUAGCUCCAAGUAACAAAGAAAGAGAGAAAAUUGGAGUAGCAGAAACUGAUAUUAUAUCAACAAAGAAGGGAAAAAUCUCCGUUCAAAACCUAUCACCUGAAGAACUUGUAGCUCUUUCUGUCAAAGUCUUGACUGAUGGACAUAAAGACAGGGCAAUACCUUUGCUAAGACUUUCUCUUGACAAGGAUCCUGGGUAUGUAAGAGCUCUGCUUCUCAUGGGACAGAUACUGUUACAAAAGGAAGAACUUGCUGAGGCUACUGAGUUCUUAGAAAGUUCCAUUUCAAAGCUCCUUGCCGCCGGCCAUCCAACAGAAGUUGAAGAUGUUGAUCUUUUGAUUCUGUCAUCACAAUGGGCUGGUGUUGCUUGUAUUCGGCAGGGGAAGAUUGAGGAAGGUCUCCUACACCUAGAAAGAAUACCUGAACUGAAAGAACCUGUGGAUACAAAAAGUAGAGCUCAUUAUUACGACGGUUUACUACUCCUUUCAAGUGCAUUAAUCAACGUGGGACGCAAAGCUGAGGCCUUGAAGCACUUGCGCAAAGCCAGUGCUUAUGAUUCUUCUUACGAUAAAUAUCUAAAAGAUGCUGAAAAUGAUGAGGACGAUUUUGUCAGUGAUCUUGCGAACACCAGGAGAGGAGAUCUUUGA